AUGAAGCCGCUGGCACCAUCACCUCGCAGGACUGCAGAAGAAGUGAGUCAUGCUUUGGUGCAGAUGUGGUGUCCUGCUGGCUCUCUGCAUCUGUCCUCUAGCCUGCCUUGCAGUGUCUCCCUGUCCUACUGGGUGCUGCUGCCCUCGCCCAGGAUUUCUGGUUCUGUUACCUCAGCUCUAUCUGUGGCCAGAAACCAGCUCUGUAAUGUGGACCACCAGCUCUGGCCCUUCUCCGGCCUCCAGGAGCUCAGCCUCAGUCACAAUCUGCUAGCCCGCUUCCCUCGUGGUCUGCCUCCCAGCCUGGAGUCCCUGCAGCUGCAAGAAAACCGCAUUACUUACAUCACCUCAGGUGUCCUGAGGCAACUGGGAAACCUCACUCGCCUGGACUUAGAAGACAACCGUAUUCGUGCCAUCCAGCCCGGGGCACUUCAGGGUCUCCACAAGCUGCAGGUCCUGACGCUGAAGGGGAACAGGCUUACCAGUCUCCCCAUGAGUCUUCCACCAUCACUGACCCACUUAGAUCUUUCAGAAAACUGCAUCUCUGCCUUGGACCUGCCCUCACUGUCUGCCCUGGUCAACCUGCAGGUCCUGAAGAUCAACAGCAACUGCCUGCGGUCAGUCCCAGAGAGCGCCUUCGACAGCCUGCCACGUCUCAGAUCUGUGGACCUCACCAACAACCUGUGGGUGUGUGAGUGUGACAUUCUAUAUCUGUACCGCUGGCUGCUGAGCGGUAGGCUUAAGAUGGCCACAGACAUUGUGUGCACAGAGCCUGAUCAUCUCGCCCACCGUCUGCUUCUGAAUCUCUCUGUCGUGGCCAUCUGUCCUCGUGUCUUGAAGCCAAAUGACAAAGUUACACACGAACGUGACCUCAGCUCUGCACAGGCGAGGAUGCUAACAGCGCAGCCAGCAGAGAAAAUAUCAAAACUAACCACUAAUGGACUGCUUUCUGAAGCUCUAAACAGUAAUCAAGACUCUCCCAAGACGCGUGUCUUGCACUACUCUUUAGAGACUCUUACCUAUGAGGAGUGUUUAUCCCUAAAUAACAGUCAGUCAGUCAGCCCCUUCCAUUUAAAGACUACUACUUCUCUCCCUGAGGAGGAACAGAGGUGCAGAGACAACAUUACAGCUCGAUACCCUCAGAGUAAUGUAACCCCUGCUGAGGGGACACAGUUCUUGCUUUCCACACAUAGAGAUGCACUCGUGCCCACUCUCGUCCCACAGCCGUUCACUCAGCAGGCCUCUGCAGCGAUAGUCUCUCUGCUCGUUGUGCUGUGUGUGUUAGUGGCUCUCGUAAUGCUGGCAGUGCUGCUCGUGCUGAAAAAGGUGCUCGUGCGUCAGCAGAGGGUGGCUCCUGCUGAUUCAGGAUCAGCAGGAUGA